CACAGCUGCGGCCCCGGCUCUUCCGCCGCUCCAGCUCUGGCUCUCCCUUGAACAGCUCCUGGAGAGAACAAGGCGUGCGGAGCUCGGAUCACCAGCAUCAUGCUCCUCGGGCUUGGAUCGUAGAUCCCCCUCUCUGAACCCCGAAACAACUCCUUCGUCUUUCAGCGUCCCAAGCAGACCCAGCGAGAAAACAAGCACGUGAGAGAGAGAGGAAAGAAAGAGGAGGAAGACGAAAAUCUGCAUCCAAGGGGACUAAAGCAAAGAAAAAGAGUGCUUUGCUUGCACAGCUGCGAAGUGGGAAUUUAAAGAGCUGCAGAGAGAGAAAUUCCAGCUCAUCAGCACAUACACACUGCAGAAUUACAGAUCCAGGUAGAAAUGACAUCAACAGGGAAAGAAGGCAGCGGAGCUCAACAUGCACAAUAUGUUGGACCCUAUCGUUUGGAGAAAACCCUAGGAAAAGGACAGACAGGGCUUGUGAAGUUGGGGGUUCACUGUGUCACGUGUCAGAAGGUCGCGAUAAAAAUUGUCAACAGAGAGAAGCUCAGUGAGUCGGUGCUAAUGAAGGUGGAGCGGGAAAUAGCCAUCCUGAAGUUGAUAGAACAUCCCCAUGUUUUAAAGCUUCAUGAUGUUUACGAAAAUAAAAAAUAUUUGUAUUUGGUGCUAGAACAUGUGUCAGGUGGGGAGCUCUUCGACUAUCUCGUAAAAAAGGGAAGAUUGACACCAAAAGAAGCCAGGAAGUUCUUCCGACAAAUCAUCUCUGCUUUAGACUUCUGCCAUAGUCAUUCAAUAUGCCACAGGGACUUAAAACCAGAGAACCUACUGCUGGAUGAAAAGAACAACAUCCGGAUAGCAGACUUCGGGAUGGCAUCGCUGCAGGUUGGGGACAGCUUGUUAGAAACCAGUUGUGGAUCACCACAUUAUGCUUGUCCUGAAGUCAUCCGGGGAGAAAAAUAUGAUGGAAGGAAAGCAGACGUCUGGAGCUGCGGAGUCAUUUUGUUUGCGUUGCUAGUGGGUGCCCUGCCUUUCGAUGACGACAACUUGCGGCAACUGCUGGAGAAGGUGAAGCGUGGAGUGUUCCACAUGCCCCAUUUUAUCCCUCCCGACUGUCAGAACCUUUUGCGGGGGAUGAUUGAAGUGGAUGCCUCGAAACGUCUCACGCUAGAACAUAUUCAGAAACACAUAUGGUAUAUAGGGGGUAAGAAUGAGCCAGAACCAGAGCAACCAAUCCCUCGAAAGGUGCAGAUUCGUUCUCUGCCUUCCUUGGAGGAUAUUGAUCCAGACGUGUUAGAUAGCAUGCACUCGUUAGGCUGCUUCCGUGACCGAAAUAAACUCUUACAGGACUUGUUGUCGGAAGAAGAAAACCAAGAAAAAAUGAUUUAUUUUCUUCUGCUUGACCGGAAGGAGAGGUAUCCUAGUCAUGAAGAUGAGGAUCUUCCCCCUAGAAAUGAAAUAGAUCCCCCCAGGAAGCGUGUGGACUCCCCAAUGCUGAACAGGCACGGGAAGCGGCGGCCGGAGAGGAAGUCCAUGGAGGUUCUCAGCGUGACAGAUGGAGGAUCCCCAGUUCCUGCUCGCAGAGCUAUUGAAAUGGCACAGCAUGGACAGAGGUCUCGGUCAAUCAGCGGAGCAUCGUCUGGGCUCUCCACCAGUCCUCUCAGCAGUCCAAGGCCUAUCAGAAAGUUCUUCAUCCCCCCUCAGACCUCCGACCUCCCUUUCUCUCCCCGACCCCAAGUCUCCUUGGACCCUGAUGCUUGUAGGAACGCCUCCAGGCCUGGACAUGUACUCCAACCAAAGCCAGCACUUCAGCCCAACCCAAAGACGCAGACUUUGCCAUCCAAGAGCAAAUUGGCUGAAAAACCACUCCAGUCUACUAAAUCCAACCCACUCCCUGCCAGCAAUGCCAGCGCCCCCUCUUCCCAGAACAACCCUGUGCAGAAUGCUCAGGGCCGCUCGCCUGCUGCCGGCUUUAACCCACAGCUGGCUGUUCCUAAAGUGCAGACCAACCCUAUGUCUCCUGUUAGAUUGCUCCCUUCUAGUACUGACCCAAGCACCAAAUCUAUCCCCAUCAUACAGGUCACCCCUCACCCCUCUCCAAGGGGAAGUCCCCUCCCUACCCCCAAGGGGACACCUGUUCAUACGCCAAAGGAGAGCCCAGCAGGCACACCCAACCCAACACCACCAUCCAGCCCCAGCAUUGGAGGAAUGCCUUGGAGGACACGGCUCAACUCCAUCAAGAAUAGUUUCCUGGGGUCUCCUCGCUUCCAUCGUCGGAAAUUACAAGUACCUACACCAGAAGAGAUGUCUAAUUUAACCCCAGAAUCAUCCCCAGAGCUUGCCAAAAAAUCCUGGUUCGGUAACUUCAUCAACUUGGAGAAAGAAGAACAGAUUUUUGUGGUCAUUAAGGACAAACCAUUAAGCUCCAUUAAAGCUGAUAUAGUCCACGCUUUCCUCUCGAUCCCAAGUCUCAGUCACAGUGUCAUCUCACAGACAAGUUUCCGUGCAGAAUAUAAGUCCACAGGAGGUCCUGCUGUCUUCCAGAAGCCAGUGAAGUUCCAGGUGGACAUAACCUACACAGAAGGGGGAGAGGCGCAAAAGGAGAACGGGAUCUAUUCUGUCACUUUCACACUCCUAUCAGGUCCAAGCCGUCGCUUUAAGAGGGUAGUAGAAACCAUUCAGGCACAGUUGUUAAGCACACAUGACCAGCCUUCAGUGCAGCAGUUAUCAGACACCACUAACUGUAUGGAGUUGAUGACUGGCAGACUUUCCAAAUGUGACGAGAAGAACGGGCAGGUGAGCCAUCCCCCCGGCACGCCAACCAAGCAUAGCGCAAACAGCAAGCGGAGCGAUUCCGGUUCUAAUGACUAUGGGUCUAGAGGAGACAAUAAGUACCCUGCUGGCAAAGACAAGGCAAAGAUGGUCUCAUCAGUCGGCCUACAAGACCAACCUUAAAUAAACACAUAAAAAAUUAAAUAACUUAGAGAAAAAAAAAAAAAGGAAACAGAACAAAACAAAAAGAAAAAAGCAAGAAAGAAUGAAAGAAUAUUCCUUAGCAAGCUAGCCUCUAAACUAGAAGGAUGUAUAUACCUUGCCACAACAGUACAAAACUGUCUAUAGACAAAUUUUGUAUGAAGGAAUGACUGUAUAUAUAUACAUAUAUAUAUUUAUAUAUGAUAUAUAAUAUAUAUCUCAGAAACAAACACAAAAACAAACGAAUGAAAGAAUGAAAAGAAAAGAAAGAAAAGAAAAGGUAGCACAGAUGACAAACCCAGUUCACCAGAUCUUGGGUUGUGGUUUUUUUCGAUUGUUUUUUUUCCUCCCUUUUUUUGAAUGUUUUGCUUUUUUUCUCCUUCCUGAUUUUUUGGUUUUUUCUUUUUUGAUUUUUUUUUUUGGGUUUGUUUUGUUUUCUUUUGUUUUGUUUCUUGUUCUGUUCAUGCUCUCUCUGUGUUUCUGACGACACCACUUGUUUCCGCUCUGCUACCAGGAAUUAUCCCGAAAAGUUAACAUGUCAGCCACGGCUUCACCUUCUGUGCUCUGCGGACACUUGUUGGCGGAAGGCAACCGAUGUAGACUGUCCAAGGACCAGUCCUGUUUGAGGUUCCCAGCCUCCCCUCUCCCUUCAGGAAGUGGGCUUCUCCCCCACUUCUCCCCAGUCACCUCCCCAGUGCACGCCUGGUUUUUUUUCUCCCCUCUCUUUUUCUUUUUUGGUGCUCCACAAGAGAGAUCUGCUCAGUUAUGGGAUUGCAGAGUCUGGGCUCAAAGGAGGUUGCAGAUUGUUGGAGUGAAUUAUUUACCCUUGGCAACUUCUGUCCGCGCAGGUGAACGCAGCCCGGAGAGGGAGGGUGUGGGGAAGGAGACGGGUGUAGCGGGAGCGCAGUGUUCCGUGAAUCCAGAGCGCGUUCUCUUCAGAAACCAGCCAGGAGCAACUCAAAACUAAGCGUUGAACCAAGACAAUAUUGGGGAGCUUCAUCACGGGAUUUUCUUAUCUUUUUGGUUUUUUUUUUUCUCUCCCCACCGCCUUUUCCGUUUCUUUUGCCCCCUUUUUUAUAUAUACAUGUAUAUAUGUGUGUAUAUUUAUGUAUAAAUAUACAUACAUACAUAUAUAUAUACACACACACAAACUAAUUGGUUUUUUUUAUACUGUAUCAUUUUGCUUUUUAACCUGCUGGAAGGGGAAAGGAGUAAACGUAGGAGGGAGAGGGGGUUCAAUGAAUAAACACAUACAAACAAAACAUUAAAACUUAGGGAAAAGGCAACUUCUGGUAGCAAAGAAGAGGGACAAGACUCUGCCAAGGACUGUCUCUCCCAUCACCAGGCACAGUUGCCGCUGCUGCUACUGCUGCUCCUCCUUCAACACCUUCCUCCCCACCUGUCAACUCCCUGCCACUGUGCCACCGCGCUGGGACCUUCUUCAACCAGCUGGAUCCUCCACCACACCCUGCAUUUAGAGGCAAUUGUUGUGUUGCUAGUGCUGCAUUGAUAUCAGUAUUAUUAUUUCUUUAAGUUACCAGUUUCAUUUGUUGGCUUGGGUGGUUUUUUUCUUAAAAAAAAAAAGGAAAAAAGAAAAAAAAAAGAAAAAAAAGAGAAGAUGAAGAGGAGGAAGAAAAGAGACUUAUAUUGGGUUUUAUUUCCUCUGUGUGUAUGUGUGUGUGUGUGCAAAAUCACUGGCACUUGGUUCAUCAGAGCAAGACAAGGUGGAGUCAGGGCAAUGGGAGACUUAAUCACGAAGCUACUGUAAACUUUAAAAUUUACUGCAAGAUAUUUUUAUAAAGUUUUUUGUUUGGUUUUGUUUUGUUUUUUUCUUUUUUUCUUUUGAAAGGGAGGAGGGUGGGAUUGGGUGGAUGGGGACCUUUUUUUUUUGUGUUUGAGUUAUUAGGUCUUGGUUAUUUAUAUAUACAUAUAUAUAUAUUUAAAAAAAUAAGCUGUUAGAUAUAUCUUCUGUUUAAUAACUGUGUAGAGGCAACAUUGAUUCUUAUUUAUUUUGCAGAGGAGGGGGAAAAAAGACACAGAAACCUUGUAAGUGUUCAUUUUGUGACUUUGAGAAAGAAGAAUUGCCACCUUUUUUCCUCCUCCUCAAGAGUUAUGUGACCAAGUGUAACUUAUUCUGGCCCAAGCUCAAAGGUUAAACAAACAAAAAAAUGUGGUUUUACACGUGGAAGACAAAACACAGUGAGAAGUAUUUCUUGACUGAGAUUUUAAGAAUGUAGGCUUAGCAUUAGUGUUCAGCUCUUUUAUGACCUUCGAUUGCUGCUCGUUGGGUUCCUAUGGGUGUAUGUUGUAUCGCAAGAUUCUUUUUUUUUAAUGAUAAUGUUGGAUGAGUUCAUUUUUGUUGUUGUUGUCGUUGUUGGUUUUUUUAAUCAUUUUUCCCCUUCUUGGACCAGUUUUACUUGUACAUAGGUUUGAAGAUUAAAAAGAAUUUUUAAAGACACAACUGGGGCAAAGACCUUUGACUUCUGCCCUGUUUCCCCAUUCCCCAAAUGGGAGGGAUUUAUUUUAAUUUUUUUGCUUUAUUUAUUUAUUUAUUUAUUUUCCCUAUUCUUAAACUUUUCUCUCUCGUAUUGCUGUGUGCAUGUCAGACACCAGGGGGUGAUGGCUGGGGAGGGGGGGAGGCAAGGGUGCAGGAGAGGGGGGCAGUUUUAAUUGCAUGACAUUGCUGUAAAUUAGUCUCUUUUGCUUUCGUUGUCUUUCCUGCCUCUGCCCUCUCUCUACUUCUCCUCCGAGCUCCCCUCCCAUCACCCCCGUCCUUCUUUUCCCUCUUUUCUCUUCCCUUGUGUAUAGAUUUUGAUGCUUCUGUUACAUUGUACCUCUACAAAAGGCUGGGAUUUCAAUACAAGAUAAUAAUAAUAAUUUAAAAAUACCUAUAUCAGCAAAACCCAUGUGGUACAAGCAGGAAGGGGAUUACUCACACAAGAUAUAAGAAUAAAUGAAAGCAAUACCUCUUGUUAUCCUUCCUAUUUUGUACUUUGAAGACACACACUCGCGCACACACACAUAUACAGACACAAACUGACAUUAUUUAAUGGUUUGAAAUGGACAAAAAAAUCUGAUGUAUCCCUUGUUAAAUAACUGUGAGCAACUUUAGUUCAAAAACCAAUAAAUUCAUUCAGUAAAGA